AUGGCCCCGCCAGCGUCAGAUGCUACGCAACAACGCUCAAGCCGCUUCACAAUCCGCAAACUCUUCUCAUGUCAAAAACGACUGACGCCAAAGGUCUUGGAAGAUGCAGAAAAGCAAACGCCUACGACUGAGGGCAGUUUGUCGGCGCCAGACCAUCAACAAUUCCGCGCAGGUCCAGAGUAUGCAACAACAGUCUCUGAGUCUCGGGAACAGACUUUAUCCACUGGAGCAUCACGACCAGGGGCUGUGGCUACCAAGGAACUAAGCUCAAGAAGACCGGCGAAUGCCCGCAAUGGAGCACGACUCCUCUUUAGGAGGAAGCAAGCCGACGCUCUCAAAGACGCAAAGGUGGAGCCACGAAAGACUGCAAUGGUUCGCAAAAAAGAAUUUCCUCCCAGUAUCGGAACGCAUUCGUCUGGUCUGAGUUUGGGAAAGAUGAUAAGGUCUGGGAUUAGUGACGAUACAAAGCGGCUGCUCAAGGAUGCAUUUGAGGAUUUCUGGGAGUUCAAGAGGGAGCAAGAGCGGAACCGAAUACGGGAAGAGGAGAAACAAGAAGAGAUAGCCCGGGUUGAGGAGGUAAUGGAUGUUGUUGAAACCAAGGUCGUUCGAAAGGGAUCAACUAUCAGACACGUCAAGGUUAUGCGGCCUGCUGUAAGGCUGGAAAAGGGCGUCUCACUCGAUCCAAACCAAAGACUUGCAUCAAUGAACAUCACUGAUGGCAGGAAUCGUGCGGGCGUUUCAUCUUGCUCUAGUAUUGCAGGCAGUCAGGCAGCGGAGACCGGACCUUCUUCCACCACUCCGGUGAUCAGUGGGUCCAUCAUGGACCGAGGGCCUGGCUUCAAGCGACGGCGUCUCUCUAACCAUUUCGGUGUACAACCGUGCAAGCCAUCAGAGAAGAAGUGCGAUUCGUUCGACGGCCCGAGUAAUAGCAUCAGGCUUGACUUCGCUUUGCUAAUGUGCGAUGGGAACCUUGUGAUAGCUGGCUGGAACACUUCUCACUUGCCUUCUCUGAACAUGGUUCUAAUUAUACACUUUGAGCAUUUCGUUCAACUUUCGAAAGAAACUGUAAUUUCAGGCGACGUUGACUGGUGUGCAUGA